AACAACCCAGUGUAUAAAGUGCUGCAUGGCGUCGCGGCGCCCGAGCGUCGACCAGGAGGAGGCCCAGGCCUUGGAGGCCGCCGCGGGGCUCAAGUCCGUCGGCGCCAAGUUGGUUUGCAUCGACUUCGACGCCACGUUCGUCACGGUGCACACAGGUGGGUUGUGGUCUGACACCGCAGCCGCGUUGCGUAGCCAUGUGCGACGCUUCUUCGAGCUGCUGGUGCCGCUACUCUGCGAGUCCGGUGUGAAUGUGGCCAUCGUCACAUUCAGUCCACAAGUGCAACUUAUUCGAGAUGUAUUACAGUUAUGCUUCACUCCAGAAAUCACAGCCCAACUCGUGAUCCGCGGUGAUGACCGGACGUGGACCCUGACCCACGACCAGACCGGGACCUUCCUGCCGCUCUGGCAGACCGACGGCCGCCAUUUAGACCGCAAAUUCAAGCUCCCGUUCAUGAUCUCAGCUGCUCUCGAGGUGCAGAGACGAUCAGGCGGUCAGAGCGUCAUCCGUAACCGGGACACGGUCCUGGUGGACGACGAUGCGGUCAACAUUCGCGUCGCUAAUGACAGCGGCGUCGUUGGGGUCUACUUUGACCCAGAAGAGAGAGAUGAGGAGGCCUUUUGCAAGAGAAUCAGAAAAUUGCAAGGGUCAGAUCUGGAUCAGGCGUCACAGUCAUUGAGGACACCAAGCAAGAAGAUCAGAUCUGGAUCAAGUGUCAAAAUGGCCUCCAAGGAGCACAAAUUCUUGUCUACACGCAGCAAUGGAGCCAGGAGGAGACUCGGUGCUGCAUCUGGCAGUGGACGCACGCCCACGUUCAACAUGUGCACACCGUCGCCUGUGAUGAAACUCAAGUGCAGUGUGGACAUGGGCAAACCCAGAUCGAAGCGAGCGUCCAGGAUUCUAAGAAACUACAGUAGAGAAAUGGAGGCGGCUUUGCCCGUCGAGUCAGAGUCGUCGACGUUCUCCGUUGCAACUGUGUCUACUACGCCAACGAAGCAUCCAGCGUCGCUGCGUGAGCCUGCAGAGACUCAAGGAUUGCAGACGUCGCCUAUUGUGUACAAAAUGUAGACGGCGACUGGAUGAAACAUUGUAGAUAGAACAAGUAGGUAUGUAGUGAGUGCAGCAAGAGCUGUGCACACGCGAAGCUGGUUACGAUCCAGAGAGAGAGAGAGAGAAACCAGUCGUGUAAUGCAGUCUGAAGGAGGAGGAUCGUAGCGCUGUGUACCCAAUAGCGAUCCAUUAUCACCCCCGGAUUCAAAAUGAAAUCGACUUGAGCAUGCAUAUCCUUCCUGUACAUUGUGGCAUAAGGAAUAGUUAUGCAAAGUAGUUUUCGACGAUACAUCUAAAAAAAAAAAUGUCGGAG